AUGGUUGUGGUCAGUCCCAGCACUAUGAAGCUGGAGUGGGCGGAGAGUGAAUCAGACUAUGGUCUGGAAGAGGCUGCAUUUUACGAAGCGCCCGCCGCCUUACCGCCACCCCCUCGCAAGCAAGUCUCCUUUAGCUUGCGGCUUGAUUUAUACGAUGAAGGCGGCGGCGCCCUCGAAGGCAUCAAAACAGAACCCCCAGAGCCUGAAGAACCCCGAGCUAUGCAGAAGGUCCCUUCACUGUCAGAUCUCACAGACCCUGAAGCGUCUUUGGGUACAGAGCCUCACAGGGCAAUAAAAAACAAGUCGGCUUCGGACCGUUGUGCUGUGACGUCAGGCGGGCGCCGUGGGAACCGCGGCAGGUGCGCCUGCGCCGGCCAC